AUGGGCAAGCCAAAAACACUUGAUUCGUUCUUUAAGAAAAAAAAAAAUGAGAGUCACUCAGAAGUCAAUACUAAUACGCCUUUAGCAACAGAAAUUGAAGCUUUAGUGACUGAUAAACGCACCUCCAAAUGUCCAAGAUUAAUUCAGCCUGAAGAAAUGGAUGCUACCACUUUCCAACGUGAUUCAGGAUUACGUCCGCAAAUAUGGGAAUUUCCCGUAAACUUACAAGAUGAAAUGCAACGUGCUUAUAUUAAUGCUUGUCCAUGUCAACCCAUUCUUUCGGAAUAUCCAUUUUUAGGAGAGGGUAAUAAUCGUCGCCGAUUUCAAGCUUCUUGGUUCAACACAUACUCAACUUGUUUGGAGUACUCAGAAUCAAAGAAUGCCAUAUUUUGUCUUCAAUGUUAUGUUUUUGCUAAGAAAUCAACAGGUCGUCUAGGAUCAGAUGCAUUUGUUGUGAAAGGCUUUAACAAUUGGAAAAAGGCAAGUGACAAAAUGAAUAAUUCUUUAAUAGGACACGUGGGGAAAGAUCCAAAUUUACCACAUAAAAAUGCUGUGAAAUAUUGUGAGGAUCUAAUGAAUCAGUCACGGCAUAUUGACAAGUUAGUUGAAAAACAAACAUCACAAGAAAUAGAGAAUAAUCGGCUGCGGCUCAAAGCCUCAGUAGAUAGUGUUCAAUGGCUAGCAUUCCAAGCAUGUGCCUUUAGAGGUCAUGAUGAAAAGCCUGACUCAAAAAAUCAAGGUAACUUCAUUGAAUUGAUAAAGCUCCUAGCAACUUAUAAUGAUGAUGUUUCUGGACUUGUCUUGGAAAAUGCUCCAAAGAAUGAGAAAUAUACAUCACCCAAAAUUCAAAAGGAAAUUCUACAUAUCAUUGCAAAUAAAAUGUGGGAUAUGAUUCGAAAAGAAAUUAGAGAUGCCAAAUUUUGCAUUCUCAUUGAUGAAACUCAGCAUGAGUCAAAAAUGGAGCAAAUGGCUAUUAUUCUGAGGUUUGUUGAUAAAUAUAGUUUUAUAAUAGAGCGAUUCUUUCCUGUUGUGCAUGUCAAUGAUACUAUUGCAGCAAUUUUGAAAAAGAAUAUAUGUGUUAUUCUUUCUUGUUACAACCUUCAAAUUGAGAAUAUUCGAGGUCAGGGAUAUGAUGGAGGUAGUAAUAUGCGUAAUGAAUGGAAUGGGUUACAAGCUUUAUUUCUGAGGGAUUGUCCCUAUGCAUAUUAUGUGCAUUACAUGGCUCAUAAACUACAAUUAGCUUUAGUUGCAGCAUCUAGAAAAGCCAAGCAUAUUCAUCAGUUCUUUAUUCAAUUGGCUUCUAUUAUCAAUAUUGUUGGUGGUUCUUCAAAACGCCAUGAUGAAUUACAAGCUGUCAAGCUGCUGAAAUUGAAAGUUUGA